UGUCACGUGAUACAGACGUCAGCGUUAGCAGCCGCGGUGAUUAAGUGUCAUGCGACCUUCUACCUGCACAUACUAACUUAAAGAGAACCGAGACGUAUAAACAGAAUUAGUUGGUGUUUUAUCACUAACUGCGCCAUAACAGCCUUUUUUGCGUUAGCCUCCUUUUCGAUUCGAUGCGCUAACCUUAGCUUACCUAGCACAACAUUAGCUAACUGUAGCUAACUAGCUGUUGUUGUUUGUUGUUGCGGUGAUUUCAGUCUAGAAAUAUGACGCAGAUUGUUGGUGUCCAGUCCUGGUGUGCGUUUCUGCUCAUUUUAGCUGCUGCCCAGACCUCCGCUGUGCUGCAGGCCUCAGAACAACCUGAGCGAGGACACUACAACAUCACCAACAGCAACGGCACCAUCUGUUUACUGGCACACAUGGGUCUUCAGCUCAACAUCUCCUUCUCCCUGAACGAGACCAAGCAGGAGGUUGUGAACCUUAAGCCCAAUGUGACGGUGGCUUCAGGCUGGUGCGAGCCAGAGAGCGCCGUUCUGCUGCUCACUGCAGAUGGAGAGAAAACCAACCUCAGCUUUGUUUUCACUCUGAAUGCUACGACCAGUAAGUACCAGCUGAGUGAAGUCUCUCUGAAUGCCUCCUGGCCAGACAUGCAAGAGCCAGUCUCGGUGACGAACAGCAGCGUGAACUUCCUGAGGGGAACCCUGGGACACUCCUACAUGUGCCGUGAGAAGCAGACUCUGACCGUGUCUCCAAACGUGUCCAUCAACACCUUCCAGGUGCAGGUGCAGCCCUUCGGUGUGAAAGGAAACCAGUUUGGAACAGCUGAGGAAUGCCAGCUGGACGUGGACGACAUGUUAAUCCCCAUCGUAGUCGGAGCAGCUUUAGCCGGUUUGGUCCUCGUGGUGCUCACAGCCUACCUGAUCGGCAGGAAGAGGAGCCAUGCUGGCUACCAAACCAUCUGAUGUCACUCGUCUAAAACUAGAAUUAACCACUGUUUUCUGAGAUUUAACACCCUCUUUCUGUCCCUUGAUCAUCUCCUGUUUUUUGCUUCUUGAUAACACUCGUCAUCCCAUUGCAGACGCACAUUUGCUUUUUGAACUGACAAAAGGGACUCUGUUGGGAGGUUGUAAUAAAAUAAGGCACCAAGUAAAGCAGGGGCUUAUGUUGAUCAGAAGGUCACCGAGAGUCCUCAUGCUCUUGUUUCUAUUUAUUUCUAUGAAAAGGAUUUUUGUGGGGUUAGAUGCCUACUGUUAGAUGUUAGCAGAUUGCUACUUAACUAACUUUUCAUAUCUGUUUUUUGGUGGCCAUUUUUUAUUGGUCUUGCCCAAACCAGAGUCAAAAAGGGAACAUUUCAUUCAUCUCAAACAUGAGUGAUCCCAUAUUUAUACUUAUUCUAGUCCAAUGGGUGGUUUUGGUUGCUAAAGGGAAAAGAUGUUGCACUGAAAUCUCGAAGAAGCUUGUUAAAAUAAUAAAAGUGGCCAAAACUCUCUGGUCAGUGUUCAUCAGUGCCUUCCCAGCUGUGGGGUUCAGGUGAAGCCAACAUCAGACCUGCUGCCAUGUCUCAAUGUCACAAACCAGUGACAAUGAAUUUUUUUUUCCUCAUGUCAUCCAAAUAGCGAUUUAAUAAUGUUUUAAGGGAUUUGUUUGAACUGUUUUAUAAAGGAGUUGCCAAUAAAGAUGGAAGAAACAUG